AUGAGAAGAAAAAGAAAUAACACAAGAGAGGCAUACUUUAUUAGAACAUUAUUAAAAAAUAUUGGCGAUCAAAAAUACAAAAUAGCUGCUAAAAGUGUAGAUAUUUUGAUAAGUAUUUCGAGAGAUUUUAUUAUCCGAGUUGUAGAGGAAGCAUUCAACAUCUUAAAUGUUAACAAAAAAAAAACUUUAACUCCACGUGAAAUUCAAACAUCAAUUCGUUUAAAUUUAAAGGGUGAUUUAGCAAAAAUAGCAAUUACUCAAGGUUUAAAAGCUGUGACAAAAUUUAAUGAUGAUAAAAAGAAUACUGGUCUUACUAUUAAUCCAAAUUUUAUUAAAAGAAAGGUUAAACAGAUGAACUAUUCAUGCAGAAUCACAAUGAAAUCAAUGGUAUAUUUAACUGCAUCCCUCGAAUUUUUUUUAAGCGAAAUUAUCGAAUUAUCAAUAAACAAUGCCCAACAAGCAAAACGUGUAUUAGUUUCACCAAGAGAAAUUUUAUUGAGUGUUAAAAAUGAUUUGGAACUUUAUUCAUUUUUUGGUGACAAAUCUAUUUUCCCAGGAGGUGGAGUUGUUCCAUUAAUAAAU